UGAUUCAUCGCUAAAACUCGCAGAGCCAGCGUGGUACUGUUGUUGGAUCGACACUUGACGCGGGACAUUGAAAUAGAUUUCAUUCCGAAGAUCGUGGGUCACUAGAACUCGAAAACUUUAUUUGAAACUGACGUGACAUAUUUAUCUCACUAAAUAAAAUGAAUAAUUAUUUCACACCAUCUACUUAUUCAGAAGAGACUGAAGAUCAAAAUGAAUCAAGGUAUACAAUGAAAGAACUUAUGUUUAAAUUAUUAGUUGUCGGAGAUUAUGGUGUAGGUAAAACUGCUAUAAUUAGACGAUACACAGAAGGUACUUUCACUCAGAAUUACAAAAUCACAAUAGGUGUUGAUUUUGCUAUAAAGUCACUACAGUGGGAUGAAAAUACACUUGUCACGCUGCAACUAUGGGAUAUAGCUGGACAUGAAAGAUUUGGAUACAUGACUGGAACAUAUUAUAGGCAUUCACAGGCUGCUAUUAUUGUUUUUGAUCUUAUAAGGUUAGCCACAUUGGAUUCUGUAAUAAAAUGGCAUAAAGACAUCAAAGAAAAAGUAGCUACUCCAAAUGGAAUGCCAUUACCUGUUAUAUUACUUGCAAAUAAAUGUGAUAUACGUGGAGUUACCAUACAGUGUGAUUAUCUUACUCAAUUUUGCAAGCAAAAUAACAUAUUGGCGUGGUUUUUCACAUCUGCUAAAGAAAAUAUACAUAUUGGUGAUGCUAUAAAAUAUUUGGUGGAGAAAAUAAUUUACAUGCAAAAAGUAAAUCCUUAUGAAUCAGUGAGAAUGUCUAAUUCAUCAUUUCAACUAAUACCAAAAAAGCCUGUAAAAAAGAGGAAAUGCUGUUGAGCUUCAAACCAGGGAAAAAAAUAAUUGAUUAAAAUUUCAUGGAUGUACAAGAAACAGGUUGUAAAAGCUGAAUGCUGUUGUCAUAAUAUCAUCAUUUGUGGUGAGAUUGGUUGUGCAGUGUCGUAGAAAGUUGUUAUUCCAAAGAUAUUCUCAAGUUUUUUUGAACAAAGUUAAGAAGUUUUUCUAUUUCAUUCCAUUUUAUUUCAUAUUUUUUCGUAUGUUUAUCAUUCUUUAUAUGUAAGUGUUCUGUGCCAUUAAUUUGUGUUCAAACUCUAGAGCUUUUUUAAGUAAUUGAGCCAAAGAAAGUUCGAAUUAUUCUUCAGUGGGUUUUUUUUUUACUUGUGCAUAAAUUUAUGAGUAAGCAUAUCAGAAUGUAUAUGAAGUGUAUAUAAAUAGUAAAGCUAGAUUGGCCAUAGUUUUUAUAGCGUUCAUGUUUUUUAGCUCUUAUUUUCUUAUAAUAAUUGUAGAAAUAAGAUAUGAUUACACCUGCAAUAUUAAUUAUAGUGAUUACUUUUAUUGCCUGGAAAGGAAUGAAACUGAAUUUACAAAUCACUGUUCUGUAAUUUAAAAUAAUGUGUAAUAAAUUUAAAUAAAUAAUUAUGUUCAUUCUAUAUAUAUUUAGUUGGAGAAAUAUCUAAACAAAUUUUGUAAUGAAAGGCUGACAAUUUUUUCUGUUGCAUGAUUAUUAUUGUAUUUAUUAUAACUGAUAUAAACUUUGCCAUAAUUUUCUUUUUAUUAUAGUCAAUAAUGAUAGCUGUUUUAUUAUCAAGAAUGCCAACAGUUGAGGCAGAUAACACAAUUGCCCAUUGUUGUUUAUAAGACUGUGUUCCUCAAAAAGCUAAAUAUAAUUUUGAAGUGUAUGUCAUGGUCUUGACACACUGCUGUAUUUGUAUUACUCUUUAGGUUGGAACAAAAGAUCAGUUUUUAAUUUAAAGAAUCAAAAUGUUAAAUGAUUUUGAAUCUAAAAAUAUUUUUUCAAACAGUGUUUAGUAUUGUUUCACUAUUGCUGCCCUGCAUAAAAACUUAGUUUGGAGAAACAUAGAGUAUAAUUAAAAUAUUAUACUUUUCAUCUAUUUGAAAUAGAAUGCUUCUUUUUCUACUGUCUUCUUUGCCAUUAAUAAAAUUCCCAAUCAGUGUCAUUGAUUUCAGUUGUUAUUUCAGAAGUUUGUCUCUUCAAAUCUGAAAUCGAUGCAGAGAAUGCAUUGGCUUUGAAACAUAAUUAUUUUAUUUGCUUCAGGUGACUAUCACUUUUUCGAAUAAAAUUUUUUGCAUUAUUUUAAAUGCCUGUAACUUCUAUAAAGAUAAAAAUAUUAAUUCGAUAUUUAUAUGCUAUAUUAUGCAAUUAAUUCAACACUGGUAGCAUGUUUCUAAACGAUACAUAAAAUCUGAGGUCAGUCUAGCUUUAACUAUUUAAAAUAUCUGUGGCACAUUAUCAUAAUUAUUUAUAUCACAUAUCAUUGCAUAUCAUACUUAAGCUGUUAAAUGUUUGUUUUUAUACAAUUCAUUUUCAUAAAAGUAUGCAUAUUUUAUAAUAUGUAAACUAACAUUUAAUUUUAGCAGCAUCUGUGUUAAGUUUGAUCUGUAUUGAUAUUCAGACGCACAAUGUCAAAAAUUUUUUAUUUCCUGCAGUUGUUGUUUUAUAGUCCUGUAUUGCAUAUUGAUAGGCUUGAGAAUGUAAUUCCAAGAAUACCAAAACUUGCAUAAUUCUUUGCAAAUCAUUGCUUUAAAAUUAGGAAUGUUUAUCUGAAUAAUGAAAAUAAAGUUUACCUUUCAACCUUACGUUCUUCUCUGGAAUUCAUUUAGGUAUUUCUCAGUGCUGUAGUAUAUCAGUUCCACAUUUACUGCAGAAAAACCUUGCUUGACAUUAAUUAUUAAUCAUUCAACUGACUUGCCCAACAGCCAAGGGUUAAGCUCCCUAAACCCUAAAGUUAACAAAGAUAUUAUGAGUAAAUGGUACUUUCUGGAUUAUAAUUCUAGAAUGAUCCAUCUAAUUUCUAACUUGACUCCUUUUCUUCUUAUAUGUUACUGUUCGAAAUGUGUAGACACAUAAACAGGAAGAUAAUUUUAAGUUAAUUAAGGCUGAUUGCCUAAAUUUUUAUUGAAUAUUCAAACAGUGAGUUUAUUAUAAAAUAUGUGUUUUUAAUAUAAGUUAAAAUAUCUGGAUAAUGCUUGACAUUUUCAUCUUUCACAGUUGGUGAUAAUUGACAAUCACUUUGUCAAGAUUUUGGCAAAGUUUGAAAUUUUGUUCCAUUUCAAAAUUUCCUUGGCCUGGACUGCAUAACUGAAAGUUAAAUGCUCUUUUUUUAAGUUAUUAUCUUAAUCUACUUUCUUUAUGAAGUUGGACCACAAACUGAAGAGUCUUCUUUUCCCCCCUAACAAAAAGAGUCCCAUGUUUCUUAAUGUCAUUAUAGUUGAUUAUUACACUAAAUUCAUGUUCAGCAAGAUUUUCCUGUUUUAAUUUGCAACAAUCAAUAUAUUAAAAUAAAAUAAAUAUAUUAAAACUCCAGCAAAUAGCAUCUCCUUUGAAUGUAAGUUAAUUGAUCAUUUUUAGAGUAAGGUGAAGUAUAAGAUAGUAAUGCAUAAAAAGUAUGUUACAUACCAUACUGGCUAAAAUGUAUGGUUUGGAGUAAAGUGAAAAGUUUCUUGGAAGUAAAAUUGCGUAAUUAAAACUAUCACAGUAAAUCAACGCAUUAACUAUUUAGAAUGUUGUAGUAUAUCAUAAUGCUAUUGUAAAUACAUUUAUAAAACAUUUCUAUUAAUAUAAGAUGUUGUAUCAAACAAACUUUGAAUUAUUUCAUAAAUCAUAAAGUUUUGUGCAUGAGAAAAGAAACAAUUAUUUUAUAUCUAAAAGUGCUUUUUUUUUUUUUUUUUUUUAAAUAGUACUUUCCCCUCUGACAAGGUUGUAAAAUUUGCAGUGUUUUCAUGAACUUGAAAUGAAAUAUAAACAUGAAUCGUGUAUAUCUAUUUAAAUUUCAAAUUCUUUUUUAAUGUGGAUCUGCGAAUUAUGUUAGAAAAACUGAGAACCAGUAUAUUUCUCUGUACUUUAUUGUUGUUAAUUUCCUCUCUUGGAAUAUUAAAUUUUAUUUUUCACUAAAUUAAAGCUAUUAACUGUAAAAAUUUGCAUGUUUAAAAGUUCCAUCCUUGUUGUGAAAAAUAGUAAUAUAUUGCAGGUUAAGGAGUCCUUAUGUUUGUCACUAUUGUUGGAAAUGCUUAUAAAUUUAAAGUUGUUGGACUUAAGUGGGCAUCAAGCUGAGAUUCUUUGUGGGCUGACUAAAAACUGUUAUUUCUGAAAAAUGUGAUCAAAUCUUAUAUUGUUGAAAAUUUUAUCAUAUAAGGUUAUAGUUAAUGAAUAGGUGUGUUUGUUUUCUCCUCACUCAAUAAAUAUGAAUGUUCAGAUGUAGGAAUUUAACUUGUCCUUUUCUGUAAAAAUAUAUGAUUUCUGUUUUUCUGUAAAAUAUAUGAUUAUGUUGUGUCUGAAAAAAUAAUCUGUAGAUUAUUUUAAUAUUGAUAUGGUUUUUGUAUUUAAUUGAAGUCUUAAAUUUAAAGCAUUAUUUUAUAUGGUAUUUGCAUGAUCCUUAGAAAUAUGCACUGAACUUCCAUACAUUCCACUUAUAGUAUUAGAGUAUUUGUAAAUAGAUAAAAUUUUAGAAAUUAUAUAAUUGUAUAUAUAACAGUUGUGAAAAUGUAUUGUCAGUUCCAAUCUGUUUAUAAUUUAAAAAUUUGUGAUGUUAUGAAAGAUACAUGAAAUGUUUUCCAUUCCUCUUCCAUUUUGAAUUCCAUUUUUUCUGAAAGGUCAGACCAAGCUACUAAACAUUUCAAUAAACAUAAUAUUAAAAUAGAAAGACUUGUACCAUAUAAUCAGUAUUUUUUCCAAAAAUAAAGAUUAUUCAUCUGCAUUUUAAAAAUUAUUAGUAUGAUUAGUAUUAAAACUAAUGACAAUUGUGUGUGAUGCAAUAAUAUUAUAAUUUUAUGAAAUAUAUGAAUUUAUUUCAUGGUUAUGAAAGAACUGACUUACUUGCGCUUAGUCGGAAUUGACAUUUUUCAUUUAGGAGUAUUCAUAAAAUUCUCCUUUCCUGCUUAUUGUUCAUGUCUCUUUGUCCAUAUUUGUGUCUUCAAAAAUAUUCAUUUUAGCUUUGUUAAGAUUUAACCUUUUUAAAUUAAAAAUAAUGUAAUUUUGAAACUCUCAGUUUUCUUUUCUGUUCGAUUAACAGAGCUGCCAACUUUCCUGUUUUUUUUUAUAGAUCUCCAAAUUGUUAUUUUAAUUUAUUUGAAUAUAUAUCACUUCUUUCAAAAAUGAUUUUAGAAAAACUGUCAGCUGGGAGUGCUAUAAAGAAACUUUUGAUGGCAAAUUAUUUUUUUUAAAAAAAAAUUUCAGUGAAUGCCAUCACUUUAAAAUUGUGCAAAUUCUAUUUUAUUUCUGAGUGAUUUACAGCAAAAUUUAUGAAUUUUUAUUCUAUCUAUUCUGUUUUAAUGUGUUUUAUGAAGACUAGAUUUUACUAAUGUUUAAUGGGUAAAUAUUACAAUUUAAUUUUACUUUGCCUCUUUAAAUGAGUUUAUCCACACGUUUACAUGCAAUUAAGGUUUUUAUUUUUAUCACAUUAUAAAAUGUGUUAAAUAAAUGCAUUUCUUUCCUCCUUAGGUUUUUGUCAAUAUGAAAUUUUAAGAAAAGUACAAAAUAAAAGGAAAUAUCAAAAAAAUAUAUAUAAAGUAAAAUUUAGAAUUAUAAGUUAAAUCUUAGAUUAAUAUAUUUUGUCUUGGAAUCAUCUUAUAAACAAGAACAAAUUUCUUUAUUUGGAAUCCUUUUGAAGUUGCAACACGCACAAGUCUCCAGAUUUUUUAAAUUUCAGAGUUGGGAGUUAUAGAUUAGUCAGACUUAUGAUUUCCCUCUCCUUGAAAAUGGUUUUGAAAUUCAGAAAGAUCAUUAAACAUAGGUUUGUAAUUUACAUGUCAAAGCAACUUAAGUCAGGAUAUUACUCCAUUUCUUAAAUCACCAGUGUUAUGUAUUUUUUAAAUUAUAGGUAUGAAGUACUUAAUCACUGUAAAAUUAUGUAAAUAUAAAUUUUAUAAGCCUGAAAAUUAAUGCAGCUGCUCAUGAUCACUUGUUGACUAAAGUAUCAUUGACAAAUCAAAAUAUCAGUAAAAAGUUUUUAGAUUUGGAGUGCCUGAGUAAUAUGUUCCUUGACUGUUUGUUUAUCUUGAUUAUUUUUAUUCGUAAAUAAUUGAAGGCUGUAAUUAGUAAAUCAUUUUAAAAAUAAAUUAUCUGUUAUAACUUUUCAAUUCAAAAAUAUUUAUGAACUGAAAUAUUCUUGUGGAAAAUUUCAAGUUUUAUGUUCAGAUAAAAAGCUGAGAAAAUUUAAUUUAACAAAGUAAGUAAUUUAUUUCAUGUUUCUGUUGCAUAGAAUUUUAACAUGCAAAUGUUACUGAUGUCUGUAGUUUAUCAGUGGUAUAGAAAUACAAUUUGUAAGUAGGUUUUAUAACAUUAAGCUUAUGUGACUUUUGAAAACCAAAUAUUAUAUAUUUGUAGUUGUAUUAACAGAAUGAAUUAGUAUAAACAGCAUGUUUAUGAAUUAGUAAAAAUGUUCUUACAGGGAAAAUGUUCUUCUAAUACAGUGAAUGGUGCUUGGUUUUUUUUUUAACCUUAAUUUAAGACUAUUGCUUUUUAAUUUAUGGUGUUUAGUUAAUUUGAUUCUGUAUAAAUGUAUGUAUAGUUUAUGAAUUUACAUCUGAUUUAAUAUUCUUCCAAACCAAGUACUUAACAUAAUUUUUGUAUGAUGAUACUUUUAUUUUACAUGAGCUUUUAUUAAAAAUCAUGAAAUAUACUAUCUUUAAUUAUCUCAUUGUAGAAAUGUAUAUUUUAUCUGUAUAAAACGAGCUUAAUUGUUUUUGUUAUUUAUUUCGUGUGCAUGCAGAUUUUAAUAAAGAAAACCUUUUUAUUUUUGGUAUUAGAUAAUAGCUCUAUUUUUAUGUUUUUAAAAAACAAUAUAAAGUUAAAUUAAACAUCUCUAUUUUUAAUCUGAACAGUUUUCAAGCUAUUUAUGCAUGCAGCUAUAUUCUAUAGUAGUUUAAAUUUUUUUUACUUUGCAGUUCGGUAGGAGAAACUUCUAUUUGUUAUUGUUUCAUAUAACCUGUUUUAUUCUUUGUAAAUAGUUAUGUUCUUGCAGUUAAAAAGUCUUUCUUAUGUGUUUCUGUUAUUCAAAAUUAUCAUUUCUGUGUAAACUUAUAUUCAUUCUUUUGGAAAGCUAAAAAUUUCUUUUGUUUUUUUAAUUUGUGCUUUAAAAAUUUAUUCAUCUGAUUUAAAUUCUCUAUUUAACUGUAGCAUUCCUUUUUUUUUUUUUUUUUCAAAUACUAUAUCAAAAUAUGACUGUGAUCUCUAAAAUGUCCUAAGAAUCAUUAGAUAAUAUUGAUAUUGCAUUCAAAAAGAUCAUUUUAGUUUUAUUACAUAAGGGUGUUUACUUUUUCAAAAGUUGCAAGAUAAUCCGUCCACGUUAUUCUCUUUUGGUGAACUUUUUUAAUUGAUGUUUUCAAUAUAUUUAUGUUGAAAUUUCAAUAUAUAAUGUUCCUUAUUUGUUUGAAAAAGAAAAUAAAUACUUUUAAUAUUU